AAACUCCAUUUUUAUCUCUAUCUUAUUGUUUUCCCUCUUGGAAACAAAAAAAAAAAUAAUGACUUGUUCAAAUUUACCAACUCCUUCAUUAACUGCUCAAUGGUUUCAUGCAAUCGAUAGUCCCAUCUUGGAUCCCAUCGCCAUUCGAAAAGAGAAAAGAGAAAAAAAACCACCAAAGCCACGAACACCUUCCAAAAAAUGGAUUUUAUUUUCUAAACGAGAUAAUCUUGCACUUGAAAGGGCAUAUAAAAAUGAAUUAGAUAAAAUGAAUAAUAAUAAUACUAUUGUACCUGUGAAUGAAGAUUAUUUAUUCCAAGUAAAUCUAUUGAAACGAGAAAUAAGUCCUAUUUAUUGGGAAGGUCCUGUAUUUGAAGUACGUCGUGCUACUUGGUUUAUGCAAGUGGAUGGGGUUUGGUUACCUUGUGAAGAAACAUUAGCCUAUCAGAUUGAAGAAGGAUAUCAGAAGCAUAAGCCUUAUCAAUGUAUUAUUGAUAAUGAUAGCAAUAAUCAUAAUCAUGAAACAACAGCAGAGUUAGAUUUAGGUGAGACGACAAAAGAAAAAGUGUCCCAGUUGAUCAUGACAGAAGAAUUACAACAAACAACUGUAAUAGAGGAAGAAGAAGGAGAAGGAGAAAAACGAGAGACAUUAGUAGAUCCUUAUACAAAUCAAUACAUUAUUUAUAACAAUGCAUAUCAAGCAUGGCUAAGAUGAAACUACAACGAUCUCGAAAAACUUUUUUAUAAAAUUAACAGUCAAGAAUAAUGUCAAGAUAUCACUUGUACGUGGAUAUGAUCAAGUCCUUAAAAAGAAGAAAAUGAUAAAAAGUCAAAAGAAGGAAAAGAAAAAAAUGUGAAAUUAUCAG